UUGGUAGAUAUUAUCGCCUAAUAUUCAUCUACUUUCUAAUUGUAAGCGUAUAGUGAGCGGUUACAUUGGACCAAACAAGACAUCAAUCGUUCCUGUUCAUCUGAAGGAUUACAAAUACGACAUUCGGAAGGCUCAUUAUAAAUCCUGAGGAUUAAAAACUGAUCCUUAUUUAUCGCACACAUCGACCUCUAAAACACCGAAACCCGCGCUCAAUCGUAUUUUCGUUUCAACAGAAAACCUAUAAUUAUAUAUGCGACCUAGCUGCUGGGCAGAAUCGCUUUUGGCUUAUGAAGUGAUAGAAAAACUUUCAUCUCGGUAUAAACAUUACCAGUGUAUUCAUUUUGGACGCGGGAAGUCGAGAUCGUGUAGAAGAGAGGAUCAAUAUGGAGGGAUCGCCAUUCUCUAUCGAGAACAUAUUAAAACCACCAACAACAGAGAACUCAGAGGAUCUGCCGUCGAGUUCCAGGACCACAGAAGCUCUUACUCUUGCUGAAAAAUUGGCAGACAUCAUCUUGGAGGCUCGUUAUGGUAACGGUGAACGAAAACAUAGAAGAACAAGAACAGCAUUUACUCAUCAUCAGUUGGCAGCUUUAGAAAGUGCUUUCUCCAAAACACACUAUCCUGAUGUUUUAAUGAGAGAACAACUGGCUGCAUUCACUAAUUUACCAGAAUCUAGAAUACAGGUUUGGUUUAAGAAUAGAAGAGCAAAGUACAGAAAAAUGGAAAGAAAUGGUGAACUAACACCCGAGACAGCAAGUGGUAGUAACCCAACUAGUCCUGACAACCAUUCAUUCCUUCCUCUUCCAACCAAUCAUCCUUCAUUUGCAACUUACAGAAACAUACACACUGUCUACCCACAGUCAAUGCACCUCCCGUUCUAUUAUCCAGUGCUACCAAUAAGCAGUGGAGCCGCACCAGAUUUUAACACUCAUGUUCAGCCAGUGUCGUGUCCUUCCGGUGCCCCAUCAAAUGGACAUUUAUUAUGCAAUGACUGUACCUCAGCAAGACAACCAUAUUGUACGGCCUCUCCAGGAACGUAUUAUCCACAAAUUUCUUUCGGGGAUGGUACGGGAAUAUGAAUAAAGUUUUAUAUGUUAAUAUACUCAUGUAUUUAUAUAUUUGUACUAAUUGAUAACUUAUGCAUAGAAAUUGGUUAGUAAAAAUAAGGUGAAAGUUCAGUACUGU